AUGGGCGCCAUCUGGUCAUCCGAGAAGCCCUCAUCCUCAGCCCCCGAUGAUCUAGAACAACCCCCCCAUCCACCCACCCAAUCCAACUACCCUCGCUACUACGGGGAGGCAGUCCCCCCAGUCUGCAGCGACCGGCUUGAGGACCUGUACGACGAACUAUACGAAAAACUAUACUAUGUACAGCGCACCAACCAAGAAGACUACAUCGUGGCCUUUCACGCAUGCGAGAAAGAUAAUCCUCGUGUCGAACCCGAGGAGUGGUUUAUCCUUGUAGAAAGAAUCCCACGGGUCUAUGAAUACCUGGCACAUCGCAGUGCCAAUACGAAUAUCAAUACUCUGGAUGUCAAUGUGGAUGUAGAUACACCGAUUGAUCUUCAUCCCCGGAUUGUCAAAUAUCAUGGCCGUAUCCCUGUUGGAUAUCUACUAGAGAAACUAGACCCGGGUCCACUGACCACUACGACUUUACCACUUCUGCGCACAUUCCCUGCAUCAUCGCGCACAUCUUCCGAUAAUAAAGAAAGAGAACCCCUUCUGCUGCUCUACUACCGCUGGACCCUCCAAUCCCUCACCCUCCUCUCCUACCUGCACUCCCACAAAACCUACCUAAUGGAUUUCAGCACAAGUACAAUCUGGCUACGCGCCGAUCUCUCAAUAGCACUAUCAGGAUUCAUAAACGCCACAAUUCCAACAAACGAAUAUCCCUACUCACCCGACGGAACUCGGUACGAAGCCGAGAUCUAUUACCCGACCACUCCUAGCGGACAUCCGCAGCUUACUCCGAAAAUUGAUCUUUCGGAUUGGGCGACAUUUGUGUGGCAAUUGAUGCGACAGGAUGCGUGUAGUGAUGGGAAGAGGUGGGCGUUGCCUACGGAUUCAUUGGAAGAGGAGGAAGAGGCGGAUGGGGAGGAAGAGGGGGAUGUGAAUCCAUGGGGGCGCCAUGUGCAGCGGUUGAAGGAGGGGGGGGAUGAAAGUGCAGAGGAGAUUUUGGAAGAGGUACGAGAGUAUUUGCGGCAGAUUGGGGUGAAGAUGGAUGGGGAAGAUGAGGUUCUUCUUGAUGAUGGGCGGAAUUGGGAGGAUGUAUUCAUGGUAGUGAAGACUGAUGGUGAAUACAAUACUAUUCAGAACUACAUCUACAAGGGCAUACUGUAG